AUGAGAGUUUCCACGAUUUGCUCCAUGGACUCAUUCAAGAACAUGCUUGUUUCAUUCAAGAGCGACAUUAUCCUUCACAUGCACGAAAUCAGCCAGUGCAUGUCCGAGAAAUACAGCAUGACCUGUUUUUGCAGUCAACAUAUUUUUGUCAAACAGAAAGAGAACGUUUCUAUCCAGACCUUUUCUGCUCUACGUAAAGAUGGAGAGAUACAAUGUGGUGACCAAAACCACACAGGACUUAAGAAGUAA